AUGGCUGCACGGAACAAACAUCCAGAGAAAGCUGAAGUGCGAGCACUCAUUGGUGGAUCUGAAUACGGAGAGAUCGCUGGUCCCCGGGGUAUAGGAGUGGCAAGUUGGGGUGAAAUGACCACAGAUGCCAAGUUCCCGGUGCCUGUCGCUGAAUUCCGGUUGGUUGCGGAUGUAGCCACAGAAGAAGUGAUAGACGGAGUGGAUGACGACGUUCCGUUGGAAAUUGUCACUUUA